AUGGCUCUGAGCUUCUGGCCUCUGCUGCUGCCACUAUCCUGCACAGUGACUCUGGUCCCUACUGGGAUUCAGUCCCUGGACCCUGGUCUCUCCCUCCUGAAGUCAUUGCUCUCCACCAUGGACCAGGCUCCCCAGGGGUCCCUCAGCCACUCACGGUUCUCUGCAUUCCUGGCCAACAUUUCUUCUUCCUUUGAGCCUGGGAGAAUGGGGGAGGGACCUGUGGGGGAGCCCCCACCCCUUCAGCCCCCUGCCCUCCGGCUCCACGACUUCCUAGUGACCCUGAGAGGCAGCCCAGACUGGGAGCCAAUGCUAGGGCUGCUAGGGGAUGUGCUGGCACUGCUGGGACAGGAGCAGACCCCCCGGGACUUCCUGGGGCACCAGGCAGGUGUGCUGGGUGGACUCGCAGAGGUGCUGCUAGGAGCCUUGCUUCCCGUGGGACCUCCAGCCCCUACCCGGCCCCCGUGUACUCGUGAUGGGCCCUCUGACUGCGUCCUGGUGGCUGACUGGUUGCCUUCUCUGCGGCUGCUGUUAGAGGGCACACACUGGCAGGCGCUGAUACAGGUGCAGCCCAGUGUGGACCCCGCCAAUGCCACAGGCCUCGAUGGGAUGGAGCCCACCCCUCACUUUCUGCAGGGUCUGUUGGGUUUGCUCACCCCAGUAGGGGAGCUGGGCUCUGAGGAGGCUCUUUGGGGAGGCCUGCUGCGCACAGUGGGGGCCCCCCUCUCUGCUGCCUUCCAGGAGGGGCUGCUCCGUGUCACCGACUCCCUACGGGAUGAGGUCUUUUCCAUUCUGGGGCAACCAGAGCCUGAUGGCAAUGGGCAGUGCCAGGGAGGCAACCUUCAGCAGCUGCUUUUAUGGGGCAUCCGGCACAACCUUUCCUGGGAUGUCCAGGCACUGGGCUUUCUGUCUGGAUCGCCACCCCCACCCCCUGCCCUUCUCCACUGCCUGAGCACAGGUGUACCUCUGCCCAGGGCUUCCCAGCCCUUGGCCCACAUCAGCCCUCGCCAACGGCGAGCCAUCUCUGUGGAGGCCCUCUGCGAGAACCACUCAGGCCCAGCACCACCCUACAGCAUUUCCAACUUCUCCAUCCACCUGCUCUGCCAGCACGCCAAGCCCACCACCCCGCGGCCCCCUCCCAGCACCGCUGCCAUCUGCCAGACAGCUGUGUGGUAUGCAGUCUCAUGGGCACCAGGUGCCCAAGGCUGGCUACAGGCUUGCCACGACCAGUUUCCUGAUCAGUUCCUGGAGGCAAUAUGUAGCAACCUCUCCUUUUCAGCCCUGUCUGGCCCCAACCGCCGCCUGGUAAAGCAGCUCUGUGCUGACCUGCUCCCACCACCUACCAGCUGUCCUGAAGGUCUGCCCCCUGUUCCCCUCACCCCAGAGAACUUCUGGGGCUGCUUCUUGGAGAAUGAGACUCUGUGGGCUGAGCGGCUGUGUGGAGAGGCGGGUCUGCAGGCUGUGCCCCCCAGCAAUCAGGCUUGGGUUCAGCAUGUGUGCCGGGGCCCCACCCCAGAUGUCACUGCCUUCCCUCCCUGCCACGUUGGACCUUGUGGGGAACGCUGCCCAGAUGGGGGCAGCUUCCUGAUGAUGGUCUGUGCCAAUGACACCAUGUAUGAAGCCCUGGUGCCCUUCUGGCCUUGGCUUGCUGGCCAGUGCAGGAUAAGUCGUGGGGGCAAUGACACUUGCUUCCUAGAGGGGCUCCUGGGCCCUCUUCUGCCUUCUCUGCCGCCACUGGGACCAUCCCCACUGUGCCUGGCCCCAGCUCCCUUCCUGCUUGGCAUGCUCUCCCAGUUGCCACGCUGUCAGUCCUCUGUACCAGCCCUUGCCCACUCCACACGCCUACAUUAUCUCCUGCGCCUGCUGACCUUUCUCCUGGGUCCAGGGGCCGGGGGGACUGAGGCCCAGGGAAUGCUGGGACAGGCCCUGAUGCUCUCCAGUCUCCCAGACAACUGCUCCUUCUGGGAUGCCUUCCACCCAGAGGGCCGGCGCAGUGUGCUGCGGACAGUCGGAGAGUACCUGGGACAGGAGGAACGGCCAACCUCGCUGGGCUUUGAACCCACCGCCAGCCCCAGCUCUGUUAUAGACAAGAUGGAGCUGCUGGCCUGCUUCAGUCCUGUGCUAUGGGAUCUGCUCCAGAGGGAGAAGAGUGUUUGGGCCCUGCAGAUUCUAGUGCAGGCAUACCUGCACAUGCCACCGGAAAAUCUCCAGCAGCUGGUGCUUUCAGCAGAGAGGGAGGCUGCUCAGGGCUUCCUGACGCUCAUGCACCGUUCCUGGGCCCAGCUGCAGGUACCACCGUCUGAGGAGCAGGCCCUGGGUCGCCUGACAGCCUUGCUGCUCCAGCGCUACCCACGCCUCACCUCCCAGCUCUUCAUUGACCUGUCACCGCUCAUCCCCUUCUUGGCUGUCUCUGACCUGAUGCGCUUCCCACCAUCCCUGUUGGCCAACGACAGUGUCCUGGCUGCCAUCCGGGAUUACAGCCCAGGAAUGAGACCUGAACAGAAGGAGGCUCUUGCAAAGCGCCUGCUGGCCCCUGAGCUUUUCGGGGAAGUGCCUGCCUGGUCCCAGGAGCUACUGUGGGCAGUGCUGCCCCUGCUCCCCCACCUCCCUCUGGAAAACUUUCUGCAGCUCAGCCCUCACCAGAUCCAGGCCCUGGAGGAUAGCUGGCCAGCAGCAGGUCUUGGGCCAGGGCACGCCCGACAUGUGCUACGCAGCCUGGUGAACCAGAGUGUCCAGGAUGGAGAGGAGCAGGUACGCAGGCUGGGGUCCCUCGCCUGUUUCCUGAGCCCUGAGGAGCUGCAGAGCCUGGUACCCUUGAGUGACCCAAUGGGGCCGGUAGAACGGGGCCUGCUGGAAUGUGCGGCCAACGGGACCCUCAGCCCACAAGGACGGGUGGCAUAUGAACUUCUGGGAGUGUUGCGCUCCUCUGGAGGAGCUGUGCUGAGCCCCCGAGAGCUGCGAGUCUGGGCCCCUCUCUUCCCUCAGCUGGGCCUCCGCUUCCUACAGGGGCUGUCAGAGCCCCAGCUUAGAGCCAUGCUUCCUGCCCUGCAGGGAACCAGUGUCUCACCCGCCCAGGCUGUUUUACUGCUUGGACGGCUCCUCCCCAGGCAUGAUCUGUCCCUGGAGGAACUCUGCUCCUUGCACCCUCUGCUACCAGGCCUCAGCUCCCAGACACUCCAGGCCAUCCCUAGGCGAGUUCUGGUGGGGGCCUGCUCCUGCCUGGCCCCCCAAUUAUCACGCCUCUCAGCCUGCCAGACCGCAGCGUUGUUGCAGACCUUUCGGGUGAAAGACAGAGUUACAAACAUAGGUACAACAGGCGCCAGUGCAGCUGUGUGUAUCCCUGGUCAGCCCACCCCCACCACCUGGCCAGACUGCCUGCUUCCCCUGCUCCCGCUAAAGCUGCUGCAGCUGGACUCCGCAGCUCUUCUGGCUCACCGAAGGCGCUACCGCGAGCUGCCCUGGUCCGAGCAGCAG